CAGCCGGGGAAGAGUACCUUGCGACGGAGCUUCAGUUUCAUGUCUAGCCUGUUCUAGACUAAUCCCCCACAAUGCCCGUGUUUACUCUAUCUCCUGCCCGCAAGAUUGGCCUUGCGCUGACUGUUGGUCUCGCUUUCUUCUCUGCUUUGGCAGCUGCCCAAGAUGCUAUCGCCGUCGGCGAUCUGUCCGUCAGGGAGAUCGAGGAGCAAUUGCAGAGCUGUCCUCUCGUGGAGUCCCUGAAUGAACAUAAGCGUGCAACAAGUCCCGAGACAACAAGCUUGACGUCAAAGGUCUUCUCAAUUCUGUUCCCCGGAAGCCCAGCUGUAAACUCUCUUCUUGCUACAUUGUACAUUUCGGGCCCUCCGAACUUCCUCCUUGCACUAUGCCCUCCGAACAUCGACCCCUCGUCGUUGUCCGUUAUGGUUGCUUUCGCAGUUGGAGGCCUUCUGGGCGAUACGCUCUUCCACCUUCUCCCGGAAAUUUUCCUCGGUGAAGACUCCCCAGAGCAUGUGAGCUUCGUCAUGGUCGAGCCAAACCGCAAUCUCCUCCUUGGCCUCGGCAUCAUGGUCGGCUUCUUCACCUUCGUCGCCAUGGAUAAAACUCUCCGCAUUGCCACUGGAGGCGAAGGCCAUGACCACUCGCACUCGCACUCCCACGGCCAUACCGCGCAGGAGACCGGUGUAACCACCGGCGCCAGCACGGGGUCAACUAAUAACGAGCUCAAGAAGCGCAAGUCUGCAAAGCCAGAGCCAGAGGCACCCAGCGCCGUCAAAGAUGAGGUUAACCCAAGCGUAAAACUCGGUGGCUACCUCAACCUAAUCGCCGACUUCACUCACAACAUCACUGACGGCCUUGCCAUGUCGUCCUCCUUCUAUGCCUCGCCUACCAUCGGCGCAACGACCACAGUCGCGGUCUUCUUCCACGAGAUCCCCCACGAGGUCGGCGACUUUGCCCUUCUGAUCCAGUCUGGUUUCUCUAAGCGCAAGGCCAUGGGUGCGCAGUUCGUAACAGCCAUUGGUGCCUUCAUUGGAACCCUUAUUGGCAUCGCGGUGCAGGAGUUUGGUGGUUCUAACCCUACUACUGCAGAUGGAAUUCCAGGCUCGCCCGCUUCUGGGCUCUUAGGAACUAGCCUUACAUGGGGCGACAUGCUUCUGCCUUUCACGGCGGGGACCUUCCUUUACGUCGGCACGGUCUCGGUUAUCCCCGAGCUGUUGGAGACUGGAAAGAACAAGGGCGAAGAGAUUAAGAAGACCAUCAUCCAGUUCAUCGCUGUCGCUGUUGGUGCCGGGAUUAUGCUUGCGAUCUCGUGGGAUUAAAUCUCGUCCUCUUGUCAGAUAAUAGUAUCUAUCUAAACCAACAGUGGAUCAAGCCUUGGUCCCGAUUCGCAGCACAAACCCGUGGAGGACCAUCCAUACCGCACCCAUAACAUCUAGACGAACCGCACUAGCCACCAGGCCUACUACACUUUCGGGACAACCCUUUAACUAUCUCUAUAUCCGCAACACCACCUACCCUAAUGUAUCCAAUGCGGUUUACGCACACCUACACCUAGAAACGACACCCAAAAAGAAAAAUAUCUAGAAGAUCUAAGCCAAGCAACUGUACCACCAGGUAACACCGCUAGAUUAUAAAAUAUAUGAAUUAUACUAUUUCACUUUGCAAACGCCUAGU